AUGCCUACCAGGAAGACUCAGACGCGGAAACACCGCGGCCACGUCUCGGCCGGCCAUGGUCGUGUGGGCAAGCACAGGAAGCACCCCGGUGGUCGCGGUAUGGCUGGUGGCCAGCACCACCACCGUACCAACCUCGACAAGUACCAUCCUGGUUACUUCGGAAAGGUCGGCAUGCGAUACUUCCACAAGCUGCAAAACCAGUUCUGGAAGCCCGUCAUCAACCUCGACAAGCUCUGGUCUCUCGUCCCCCUCGAGCAGCGCGAAAAGUACCUCUCCGGCGGCAAGAAGGACACCGCGCCCGUCCUGGACCUCCUCCCUCUCGGCUACAGCAAAGUCCUCGGCAAGGGUCGCAUCCCAGAGAUCCCGCUCAUCGUGCGCGCGAGAUACUUCAGCAAAGACGCAGAGCGCAAGAUCAAGGAGUCUGGUGGAAUCGUGCAGCUCGUCGCGUAG